AUGACAUUCAUGUUGUUGCAUGACAAGGCUGCCAUUAAUAAGGAUGAGUGGGAGGACUUCUUCCAGCACUGCAAUGCCCUGCACACUGACAGUUGGACCAAGACUCCCACCUACCUCAAUAAUUUGUAUGCCAAAUCCAUUACCAUCACUCCUCUCUAUCUUCACAAUCAAGUGAUUUCCUAUUCAAUUCUGCUUCACAUCCUCAAGCUCAUCUCAGCUGAACAGCACAAACAGAUCCUGGCAGGCAACAAGUAUCUCAUCAGCAAGAAGAGUAUGCUUCAACUUUGCUCCUGGGCUGUGGGUUGCUGUGCAUGCUGA